AUGGCUCUAGUGUCGUUGCAAGCUUGCCAAAAAAGAACGUUACGAGCGCUGAUUGUUACAACGCAAAAAAAGGGUAAUUGCCUGCUUCAAUCCUUUGAUGCCUUUGAUAAAAAUCUUGCAUCGAUUGCCAAUACUGAGAUAUUUCGAUCGACAUUGAUAUGCUUGUCUCAAUCUGAUGAAGAUGAACUUCCUUGUGGACUUGAUAAAAGAACAUUGAAAAGAGCCAGGGGUAAGCUUAAUCUUGGCACAAUAAACUUGCCAAUAUUACGUUGUCUUUGUAAACUGAAGAUUAAAAAUAAUGCAUCAGAAUCAGAUUCAGACAACGAUGGAGUUGAUUUGAAUUCUGUUAACUGUGAUGGUGUAGCAAAUCCUGAUCCAUCUAAAAAAAUUGAUUAUACAAUAAAAAUCACCCGUGGUUUCGUUGAUGUUAAUGAAAAUCCCGGUGAAAUAAAUUCUUAUAUAUUCAUUCCUAAAAUUGAUGAUUAUUACGGAAAUUAUACAUCAAAAAUUAUCAAAAAAAUGGAAAAAGAUGAUUGUUUGUAUUUUAAAAGUGGAACAAUGGAAUAUGGUGAUUCAAAGUAUCUUAUAAAUAUUAGAAAAGAUAAAAGCGUAGAACAGAUUUGUGAUGAAUUUGAUGAAGGUACGGAUCAAUAUAAUUUUUUAAAAAUUAUAAAAUACGUUUUAGCAGGUGGUAAUGAUUGUCCAAUUGAAAAAGAUACAGUAUGUAGUAUGAAGAAAGAUUAUGAUCCAAUGACAAUAUCGGUUAAUGAUCCAUGGGCAUGUGGCGAAACGAGUGUUGUAAUCGAUCUACGAGACAAACCGGACACAGAAAAUUCUGGUAUUUUAGGAGAAUGGAUUUGGGAAGUUGAAGGUGAUUGUGUGGAACAAUCCAAAAACUAAACGUUUCAGUUGAAUAUUAUAUUAUUUUAGUUUACAUUAUAUAAUAUUGUAUCCAUGUAUUUUUAAUGAAAUACGUAACCACUUUUUUAGCCUUCAA